AUGACCAUGAACCCCAAGUCCGUGCAGAGCUGGAAGUUGAAGGCCGUGGAAUGUCCCUUCGGAAUGCUGGCGAUCCUGCUCCAUCAGAUCCAACUCUGCAUCACGGGCAUUUCUGAGAUGGUGCCCUACCUGUCGGAACAGCUGACGCUGCUUCUCCUCCUCGUCGAAGUCCAGUUGGAGGAGUUGGGCCUCCAAGCACUUCCGCUGCUCAUGGCCACUCGUUGGCCCUUCCUCAGGAUGCUCACACAUGUGGCGGUGACCGUCCAGCGUAGGAACAUCACGAUCGAUCAUGUGCUUGCGCCGCAUUACCAGACCAAGCCGUACGUCCUGGACUUCCAUCCUGAGGAGCUGCUGUAUCCCGAUGCCGAGCGGCUGCAACUCCCAGCCGUGUCGAUCGAGACACUGCGCUUUCGGCGUCACGGGCGUCCAAGUAAGGCCUACCGUUCGACCUUACGGUUUCUGGAGUCGACGCUGAGACAACCAAGCGAAGGCCGACCGAUCAUUCUCACCAUGAUCUACGGGAAGCGGCUGGCGCAGCAUUUGCCCAAGUGGUUGCUGCGCUUGAAGGCGUUCGGACACCUCUCUCACACCCUGGUCUUCUGCCUGGAUUCCGACAGCGCGGAGGCCUGCCGGAGAGCACAUUCCAACCGCCGCGGGUGCGUCCAGGGCAGCUUGCAAACCACCGCCAACAAGUUCCACAUGAUGUCCGUGAUCUUGAACUCCGGCUUUGAUGUCUUGUACCUGGACUUCGACGUGGUCCUGAUGCAGGACCCCCUGCCACACAUCUUGCGCCAUGCUGACGAGGCGGAGCUGCUGCUGACGCGAGAUUUUGGUGGCGAGUGCAUCAACAUUGGGGUUGUGUACAUGAAGUCGCACCCUGACACCGCCUUGUUCAUGCAGGAGCUCAUUCGCUGGCUCUGGCACCACCCAUACGAGUUCUGCCAGAAAGCGUUUGCCGGCAUGAUGGGCUUGGAGGACAUCACAUGGAACGAUCAGUACGGAAAUCCUGUCGGAGUUGUUCCUCGCUGGGGCUUUCUGGACUCCACGAACAGCUUUGCGACUAGCACGGUGUAUGACGCGUCUUUGCAAGGGUGGACAGGAGACCUACAGAAAGUGGUUAUCUACCAUUUUCUCGAUGGACUCGGCGUUGUGGAUCCGGAGCUGGCAGUCGCCGGCGAGUACAUGGACUUGUUCGCCCUGUUCUACCAGAACCCGGCACUCAACCUCGAGGACACCCGUACACCCCUCUACGACCAGGACGAGAGAGUUCGCAAGCAGCUCCUCUUCGCGCGGCAGCCGACACCACCGGCACAACUCCAGCCUUGCGGCCACUACGAAGUCUCUGCCUACCCGGCAUCUUGGCAUCCGAACUUCAAAGCACACUUCAGUACGACUCUCAUGUUGGAAACCUUUGCCAAGUUCCCAUGGACCUCACGGCAUCACAAGCAGAGGCCUGGAAGCAGCGGCAGCGGAAGACGCUUGAAUCACGGUCGGACAUUCGGCCUGUUCAGCUGGAACUCGAAGAAAAGAAUCUGCAGCGCCCUGAGUUGCGUUCCCGUUCUCUUCCUGGGUCAGUUGCUUCAACGUCUUCCCUCCCACGGAGUUGCCUAG